CGUGAUGGACGGCGUCAGGCGCCGCGGGAACCGCUUCCUGUUGUCAGUAGUCCGGAGGCCGCAGCGUCCGGUUGGAGUCUUAGGGGCUGCAGCGACCGGGAGUGCCCCCGCCCCCCUCCCCACUCCGUUUGAAGUGAAAUUGGAUGUUUGCAGAAGCCCAGGCAGUAUAAUAAAGAAAAGCAACCAGAACAAUUCCUUCCUGUGUGUUGGAACAUUUAAGAAAGGACAGCUGUGAAACCUGUGUACCAUGGAAAGGAUGUGGCCUCAGCUGGUUGGGACUACAGACCUGAUGGGUGUCAUGUGAUUCUUCUGGGGAGCUGCUGCUUGAGUGGAAAUGCUCUCAGCGGUGGAGAAUGGACUGGACCCCCGGGCUGCCAUCCCGGUCAUCAAGAAGAAGCUAGUGGGCUCCGUGAAGGCACUGCAGAAGCAGUACGUGUCCUUGGACACAGCAGUCACAAGUGAAGACGGAGAUGCGAACAGCAUGUGCAGCGCCCUGGAAGCCGUCUUCAUCCACGGCCUGCACACCAAGCACAUCCGAGCCGAGGCCGGAGGGAAAAGGAAGAAAAGUGCCCACCAGAAGCCUCUGCCUCAGCCCGUCUUCUGGCCCCUCCUGAAAGCUGUCACCCACAAACACAUCAUCUCGGAACUGGAGCACCUGAUCUUCGUGAGCACGGACGUGGGCCGCUGCCGGGCCUGGCUGCGGCUGGCCCUCAAUGACGGCCUGAUGGAAUGCUACCUGAAGCUGCUGCUGCAGGAGCAGGCCCACCUGUGCGAGUACUACCAGCCCACGGCCCUGCUCCGUGACGCCGAGGAGGGCGAGUUCCUCCUGAGCUUCCUGCAGGGCCUGACGUCCCUGUCCUUCGAGCUCUCCUACAAGUCUGCCAUCCUAAACGAGUGGACGCUCACCCCGCUGGCCCUCUCCGGGCUCUGCCCGCUCUCGGAGCUCGACCCCCUCACUACCUCUGGAGCGGAACUACAGCGGAAGGAGUCUCUGGAUUCCAUCUCCCAUUCCUCAGGCUCGGAGGACAUCGAGGUCCAGCACUCGGGCCAUAAGAUCCGACGGAACAGGGGGCUCACGGCCUCCUCCCUCAGUCUGGACACGGCCAGUUCAUCCCAGCUCUCUUGCAGCCUCAACUCUGACAGCUGCCUGCUCCAAGAGAAUGGCUCCAAGAGUCCAGACCGUUCCGAGGAGCCCAUGUCCUGCGACUCAGACCUGGGGACGGCAAAUGCUGACGAUUCGGACCUGUCUCUGCAAGAGGUGUUGUCGGAAUUCAGCAAAGCCCAGGUGAACUCUGUGCCAACCGACAGACUGAGCCACGAAGCGGAGGUUCCCACGCUGCAGGCCUUGCUCGCCCUCCGCGGCCUGGACACCAGCACACCCCUGCGCUUUGAGGUACCUGCAGAGCCCCGCCCCGCCCAAGCAUCCCCGGGGACUCGAGAUGGGGACCGCAAGCAGGAGCCGCUUUCCCAGGCACCUGGCGCCCUGGGCUGGCCACAGCCGGGCAGUGCCCAAGCUGUCCCUUGGGGGAGCACUUCAGGCCAGCAGCCUCCUAGUCCGGUGAGGGAGGCAACCAGAGCAGUCGGCCAAGGAAGUGGCCAGCGGAAGCCUCCGGAGGAGGAUGGACCUCGACUGAGCCUUGUGGUCCCCUCGCCCACCAGUCCGAAAAGCACGAGCUGGAUCUCAGAAGAUGACUUCUACCGGCCUCCCCGGGAACAGCCCGCAGAGAGUCCUUCCCAUGCUUCCGUGGCUUCUCCCAGAGGGACUCCAGAGCCGAGGCCUGGUCUCCUCACGCAAGGACCAAGAAGAAGCUGUUCCAUGGAGACCUUAGACAAAGCUUGUGUGCCUUCCCUAGGAAGCAGGAGAAGCAAGGCCGCCCCGAUGCCGGAGCAUAAGAACUUCAGGGUGGUGCACCGCAGGCAGAUGGGGCUGUCUAACCCAUUCCGGGGGCUUCUGAAGCUGGGCACGGUGGAGCGGCGGGGGGCCAUGGGCAUCUGGAAGGAACUCUUCUGCGAGCUCUCCCCGCUGGAGUUGCGCCUCUACCUGAGCGGCGAGGAGCGCACCUGCGUGGAGAACUGCUCUCUGCUGCGCUGUGAGUCCGUGGGCCCGGCCCACAGCGACGGCCGCUUCGAGCUGGUCUUCUCGGGCAAGAAGCUGACCCUGCGCUCCUCAUGCCGCGAUGAAGCCGAGGACUGGCUGGACCGUGUGCGCGAGGCGCUGCAGAAGUGCCGGCGGCCCCAGCAGGAGGAGGAGUGGGUGACCAUCCAGUACCCAGACCAGCCCGAGGACCCUCCAGAGGCCCCCCAGGGUGGCCGCCCCUCCCACUCGGACCUGCUCUCGGAGCCUGAAACCCCCCAGGGCCCGCAGUUUGACUGGUCUUCUUCCCAGGUUCCCGAGCCAGACGCUAUUAAGGAAUCCCUUCUGUACCUGUACACAGACCGGACCUGGAUGCCCUGUAUCUUCUCCCUGUCCUUGGAGUCUCUGAAGUGCUUCCGCGUGAGAAACAACGAGAAGAUGUUAAGUGACAGCCAUGGAGUCGAGACCAUCCGAGAUAUCCUGCCGGACACGAGCCUUGGGGGCCCAUCCUUCUUCAAAAUCAUCACGGCCAAGGCCGUCCUGAAGCUGCAGGCCGGGAACGCUGAGGAGGCCGCCCUGUGGAGGGACCUGGUGCGCAAGGUCCUGGCGUCCUACCUGGAGACAGCUGAGGAGGCGGUGACACUCAGUGGGAGUCUGGAUGAAAACUGUCAGGAGGUGCUGAAGUUCGCCACGCGGGAGAACGGCUUCCUGCUGCAGUACCUGGUGGCCAUCCCCACGGAGAAAGGCCUCGACUCCCAGGGCUGCUUCUGUGCAGGCUGCUCCCGGCAGAUCGGCUUCUCAUUUGUACGGCCCAAGCUCUGUGCCUUCUCUGGCCUCUACUACUGUGACAUCUGCCAUCAAGACGAUGCCUCAGUGAUCCCGGCCAGGAUCAUCCACAACUGGGACCUCACCAAGCGCCCGGUCUGCAGGCAGGCCCUGAAGUUCCUGACGCGGAUCCGGGCCCAGCCCCUCAUCAACCUGCAGCUGGUGAACGCGUCUCUGUACGAGCACGUGGAGCGGAUGCACCUCAUCGGUAGGAGCCGGGAGCAGCUGAAGCUCCUGGGGGAUUACCUGGGCCUGUGCCGAAGCGGAGCCCUGAAGGAGUUGAGCAAGAGACUCAACCACAGGAAUUAUCUCUUGGAGUCUCCUCACAAGUACAGUGUCGCGGACCUCCAGCAGAUCGCGGACGGGCUGUAUGAAGGAUUCCUCAAGUCCCUGAUAGAGUUUGCCUCCCAGCACGUGUACCACUGCGACCUGUGCACCCAGCGCGGCUUCAUCUGCCAGAUCUGCCACCACCACGACAUCAUCUUCCCCUUUGAGUUUGACACCACAGUCAGUUAUUGCUCAUUAUCAGAAGCCUCUAAAUGGAAAAAUUCAUCCACCAAACCUCCAUUCCAAUCCAUGUGGGAGUGGAAAACGGAACUGGUGGGAGCAUUCAUUCAUUUUCAGUAGGUGUCCCCGGACCCGCAUUUGACCUCUGAACAGACGUGGGGCUGAGUUUUUUAAACUGCAGAGUGUUUGAAACAUAGGCAAGAAAUCGUUUUGUGAGUCUCAGCAGUAUUUAUAAAAGGGAAAUAGAAUAGAGAGUAUCAGUGUGCAUUGCAGGGCUUAGUAAGCACUGUGGCAAGAACCUUUUGUCCCGGAACGGAGGGGCAGCGCCGUGUGCCGUGGGUGGCAGGCCCCCGUCAGGAACACUGACCAGCCUCGAGCCCCGGGAGGCCCGUCGGUCCCAGCAGUGCUUGCUGCUUUCUCCCAGGUGUAGCGAAUGCAAGACCGUCUUCCACCAGAGUUGUCAGGCCGUGAUGAAGAAGGGCUGCCCCCGCUGUGCCCGCCGGCUCAAGUACCAGCAACAGAGCACGCUCACCUAACCCCAUUUCCUGUCCCCACCCGGGACCCGGGGCUCAGCCAUCCCAGCUGGUUUGGCCAUCAGCCUGGGUCACACUUUCAAGGUGUCACAGAUGUCUCCCUUGUCAGGAAGACUCUCAGAUGUGACCAGAGCAUGAGCCUAUGAGAGGGAGCCUUGGGAGCUCUUGAUGACACCUCCUGCCCCCCACCCAUCUGGAAGCCAGGACACCAGCAAAUGCCCCUGUCCGAGGAUGCGGGAGGAGAGGGGGCUUUGCACUAAUUGGCCUGGAUCGCCUCACUGACGCACCAUCUCCAUUAGGGCUGUUCAAACACUGUGGAAAUAAGACUUGGGAAGCAUUUUCAAUUCCACAUUCCUGAUUAAAAGGCCUAGUUUUUUUAAGGUGGGUUUUUUCCCUUCAUAUUUCAACAGAAAAUAUUUUUUUAUUCUUGACCCUCCACAAGUCACCCAAGAAAUCCAGCCACUCUCACCCUGAGCAAAUGUGCAGGAACCGCUCAGGCCAGGCCUGUAGGCGGGUGGUGGCUGGGUGGACAGGCCCCCUAGGACAGAGCCUGCCAGCUGGCGGGCUCCUUUCCUUCCUCCUUACCGAGCGCUCGCUGCCGACAGCUCCUGUACAACGUGCCAAACCCCCGGGGGGCCAGGCAGGCUCAGUCCUGAGGACCAUGUGUUUCCUCUCCCUCUCCUCUCCGCUCCCCGCCCCCUCCUCACCUGAAAAGCCCUUCACUUCCUCCGUGUCGGAGCCCCUGGCUCUCCAAUAGCCUGGGGUCUUGGUCCCGCAGGAGGAGGGGAGUGACUCGGAACCAGCACUGUCAGCACUUUGAGCCUUCCUUGGUCCAGGGAAGGGUCGUCAUCUAGCCUAUCCCUCAGCCCCCUACCCUCCUCACUCCUACCACCGACAAGCAGCCAGACGGGCGGGGGACUGCUGCAGAUGCAGGAAUGCAUCCCCGCCUGACUGACCCCCACCAGGACCGAGGUAGGCUGGGUCCCCACUGUGGAACCCUCAGAACCCUCGUCCUUCCACGAAGAGUGUCAGCCCUGCUACUGAGAUGCGCAGGGACACGCAGGAGAGGCCACCCCCGUGGAAGGAUGCUCAGCCUCAGUUUACAAAGCCAUGGGAGUUCACAGAGCUUUGCUGGACUGGCCCAGGAGGGGCGCUGCCGAGAGACUGGAAAAUUUCACUGGAGCAUGACUGCCUUUUGAAGGGGUCUUGGGGUGGAGCCUGGAAUUGUUUUCAAAGUGAUAUUUAGACCGUUGGGGUUGGGGGGUGAAAUCUGGGCAUGAUUUCUCUGUUGCUUCCCCCCCACCUCUCCUGGAUCCUCAGCCCUGGGGUCUUCUGGCCAUCCUAUCUGCACUCAGCUUGGAUUGGGGGCCUCAGGUGGAGAUCCGCCUUCACUGUCAAGAUACGAACCUACUCCCACCUCUCCCUUGGGCUGAUCUGACUGCUGAGUCACCUGCCCGGCCCUGUGGAGCUGGAUAAAUUGUGCAAUAGAAUCGAGGAGGUGGCAGGCGGAUGGGGGAGGGGGCUGUCACACAGCUGCUCUGUCCCCAUCACGGAAGAUGGUGCACACCUGUGCCCAGUGCACCAAAGAAGGUGGAUCCUUACCCCCAUCCCCACCCCCCAUAGCCAGCAUUAAUGCUCCACCACAGACACAGCCUGAUCAGAGCCGUAAUUGGUCCAGAUCGCUGAGUGGGCCUGGGGUGGGCAGCGCCGCCUGAGCCCAGCCCUGUUUCCUCGGGCCUGUGAGUAUAUUCGGUAUUCCAGAAGGUCCCUAGGAGGCAGCAGGAGGCCCUGGAGGCGCUCACUUUGGUCUGGCGAGGCCUGGCACGCCCCGCUCCCCGCCCUCCCUGAGAUCAGUAGCAUUAGAGCUGACCCUCCCCCAUACCAAAAAGCUGCUGAUGCUUUCAGAUGAGUUGACUUUUAACACCCUCACCUCCAAUGGGAAGCUGAUGUGAACCUCGGUAGUGCCCACACUAUUUUUAAAAUUUCAUUUUAUGCAAUAAACUGUUUCUAGUGAGGGGCCCUGGCCCUGAGAAGUGCUUUGCAAUGUACCGAAGGAACUGCUGCGUGUGAUUUUUGAAUGAUUUUGCAGUAAAGACCUGAUCUUUCUAA